AUGUCCUCUGCCAGUAUGGAUGAAUUCUCUCUUGCAUUUGAUGAUAACCGACAGAGCGGACCCGCAACGCUGCUGCCCCCGGGGACGACCACACUGGCUCAGCUGACGUCCCACUUUGAAGAUCUACAUCUGGCGGGCGUUGGCGUUGGCGUUGGCACCGGCGGCAGUCUCAGCCCAGGCGGCGGAGGCGGCGGCGGCGGCGGCGGUGGUGGUGGCGGAGGCGGAGGUGGAGGCGGCGGCGGAGGAGGUAGUGUCGUGGUGGACCAUACGACCAGUGCCACCGUGGUAGAUGAACUGAUUCAGCAAAACUCGAAGGUGUUCGAUACGUUUGUGGCGAUGAUCAAUGGGCUUGCGCCGAAGGUCGAGGAACGGCCGGUCAAGUAUAAGUCGCACACCGAGUGCGUGCCGGUGCCGUCGUCCGAGCAUGUGGCGGAGAUUGUCGGUCGGCAGGGGUGCAAGAUUAAGGCGCUUCGCGCCAAAACGAAUACGUUUAUUAAGACUCCGAUCCGCGGGGAGGAACCGAUUUUUGUUAUUACCGGAACGAAGGAGGAUGUGACUCGGGCGAAGCAGGAGAUCCUGUCGGCGGCGGAUCAUUUCAGUACGUUGCGUUCGUCGAAGAAGCAAGCUAUGGCUAUGUUGGCGGAAAGCCGGAACAUGCUCGGUUACAGUACACCGGAUGAGGUUACGAUUCAGAUCCGGGUGCCGCAGAAGGUGGUCGGGUUGGUGGUGGGUCCGAAGGGGGCGACCAUCAAGAACAUUCAGCUCAAGACCAAUACGUACAUCAUCACGCCGAAACGGAAUCAGGAAUCGGUGUUCGAGAUUACCGGGCUGCCGACGAAUGUGCACACGGCGCGCCAACUGAUCGAGGAGCAUAUCGCUACGCGGGCUGGCACUUCGGCCACCAGCUCCAGUGCCAGUUCGAGCAGUUCCAGCAGCUCCAGCUCGAGCAGUUCGAGCAGUAGCAGUUCCAGCAGCGGUGGCAGCACCGCUACAACCUCCCCCCAAAGCACACUCACAAACGGGCAUCAUGAUCUGCUGCAUCACGGGGGUGGACUCGGGGGUGGACUUGGUGCACUGCAUGGUUUGCACGGUGGUCACCAUGGUGGACUUCCGGCGGAUUUCGAUACCAAUCAGUUUAUCAUCGACAACCUGUUGGAGUACUUCAACAACAUGAGUUCGGUGUACAAUUCGCCGACAACGCCACCUUCCGGCGGCGGCGGCGGUGGCACCGGGGCCAACCACCAUCACCAUCAGCAUCAUCAGCAGCAACAGCAGCAUCAUCACCAUCAUCUUUCCGCUGGUCUGGGCGGUCUUGGGGGCACCGGAGGUGCCGGCGGGAUGAACGGCACCAGCAGUAGUAGCAUCAGCAGCAGCACCCACAGCCACAACGGCAAUGGCGGCGGCGGCGGCCUGAUCGAAACCGUACCGGACUUCCGCAACAUCUGGGAGAACCUGAGCGAAAGUCAGGGCUCCGGCGGCGGUACCGAUACGGAAAACUCGUCGCUCAUCUGGACGCUACCGUCGUCGUCGCGCAACUCCGUUUCCUACUCGCCGGACGAUUUCAUCUUUCAGCGAUAA